GCGGGUUGCAAGGUCGUGCGCGACGCCUUCGUACAAAUGAAUAAUGCACAGGGUAACGAGGAUCCCGGUCGUCGUGAUCAAUCCGAUGCUUACAUGCAAACUUUGUAAUGGUUAUCUUAUCGAUGCCACUACAAUCGUUGAAUGUUUACACUCCUUUUGUCGGAGUUGCAUACUAUCAUAUCUAAAACUUCACACGACCUGUCCGAUUUGUGACACUCUCCUCCACAAGACGAGACCCCACUAUGCUAUCAGACCGGAUAGAGCGCUCCAAGCAAUGGUCUAUAAACUCAUCCCAAAUCUCUUUGAAAAGGAGAUGUCUUGUCGUCGGGAGUUUUUCAAAGAUCACCCAACCGCCGAGACUCGGUCCCUCAGCCCGGAGAAAAAGGGCGAAAUCACUUUGAACGCCUAUGUUCUCCAGGAAGAGGAACACAUAAGUAUUGAGCUGGAAUACUGGCAGCCCACUGAACAAUCCGGAAUGAAUCCAGUACUACAUCAGCUAAACACCUCUCCGUUGACAUGCCGAUCAACUUAUUUACUCUGUCCUCCCGAUCUGACCGUGGCCCAUUUGGAAAAACUGAUUCGAGUCAAGUUCGGUCUGGAGCCGAACGAACACAAGGUUGCCUUAUUCUUUACCACGGACGAUUUGUUCAGGCCUGAAUAUACCCUAUCCGAUCUGGCCUGUCUCUAUUCUUGGCGCAGACUUCAACCGAUGAAGCUGUUCUUCACUAUCCUUGAACACUCCAGGACUACUCUUCCAUCGUCGUCCGACUCAUCGCUCCCCACAACGAUCCACACGUCUUCCGCCUCUCAACUCAGUUGCCUUCCACAUUCCAGCUGCGCUCCGUCCACCACCACCAUCNCACGAAACCCCCCUCUUUCCCAACCCUUUCUGUGUGUAGGGUCACAUCCCAGUGUCACUCUCGAUCCGCCCUCCAGCAAGACAUCCCCCUACUUCAUUCAUCCUCCUCGUCAAGCACCUAUUUACCUCCCAUGUCCUCGAACUCCUCCAGUCAACAAAAACAGCAACCACAACAACGUCUUUCGGUCAAGGACAGUGCAAUCAACAUUCCUCAGUCCACCCUGGUUUCAACAUUCUCUCCUGUCUGAGGUAUCCCCCGCCCCCCCCCCUGCGGACACUGUAUUUACUCACCAAUCAACUGUUCUCUCAGCUCUUGCAUAG